GGCAGACACUGAGAGGACACAGGCGCUUCACUGCAGAGACUCUGUUCCUGUGAGGAUGAGGAUGAAGCUGGUUUACGUUCCUGUCCUGUUGGCUCUGAUGUCAGCAGGGCCGCUCAGCACGAUCUCCAGACUCACAUCGGCUUCUCAGCUGCCUGCUACAACCGCACCACCAUCUACUACUGCUGCAUCAUGGACCACAGCAGGACCUUCUGGAAGAAAUUUAAAUGGGAAGAUGUUCACUUUGAAUUUCUAUAAAGGAGGAAUAUCUCUCUACGCCCCAAACUUUACUCCUCAGCCCACAUCCUGGCCUGUCCCUACUAGCUACAGAUACCACAGAUACAACACCGCCCGGCCAUACAUUCCCUACAGGAACCGCGGAUACAACACCGCCCGGCCAUACAACCCCUACAGAUACCGGGGAUACAUCACCCCCACUCCAUACAUCCCCUACAGAUACCGGGGAUACAUCACCCCCACGCCAUACAUCCCCUACAGAUACCGGGGAUACAACACCCCCCCUCCAUACAUCCCCUACAGAUACCGGGGAUACAACACCCCCGCUCCAUACAUCCCCUACAGAUACCGGGGAUACAACACCCCCCCUCCAUACAUCCCCUACAGAUACCGGGGACACAUCACCCCCCCUCCAUACAUCCCCUACAGAUACCGGGGACACAUCACCCCCACUCCAUACAUCCCCUACAGGGACCAGGGAUACAACACCGCCUGGCCUUCCACUGCGCCACCCUACACCGCCUCCCCUCCGACCCCUACCAGAGGUGUGUCGGUGUGUCUGCGUUUCCUCAACGACUUUCAGAGAGGAUAUCAGCCCACAGUCUUCACCCUCAGUCCAUCCACAAGUCCGCUGUCGCUGCGGGUCUAUGACAGUGGUCAAUAUGCUCUUGCUUAUAGCAUGUACGGCCAGGACAACAUUCUCCUGCGGCCUGACAUAAGACUCUGGUCAAACACCGAGCCAGAAAUCUGGACCAGAAUCUGUGUAACUGUGGAUGCUUUGAAGAAUGUGGCCCAGAUGUUCAAAGGCCCCGAUAUGAGCAUCAGGAAGAUGCUUUCUACUCAGUAUGUGUGGUCAGGUGAGCCUGUGAUUGAUUUUCCAGCUUUUGAUGGUCAGCUGACAGACGUCCAGGUGUGGGAUUAUCCUCUCCGCGACAAAGAAGUCUUCAACUACAUGACCAGGUUUACCUUUGAGUCAUGGAGUUCUGGAAAUGUCCUCACCUGGUCCUCCAUCAACUACUCUUUCAGAGGAAACGCACUAUUGGAGGACGUCUAUGAGAACGUCUAUGAGAACCAGGCAAAGCAGCGAAUCAGCAGCAGCCGAGGGGGAGGGCGGCGCCCAAAGGGAGAAAAGAAGUCCAGAAAGUGUGUGAAAGGGAAGGACAAGAAACAAUGUAAAAUGAACAAUUAGAGACUUGGAUUCAUUGCA